GAGCUUAACUUCUACAUCAUAAAAUUGUUGGCUUUAGUAUUGUUAUUCUUAUGCAUUUGCGUAAUAUAUUUAGAACAUUCUGAAAAGAUUCAUGAAAGACAAUUGAGCAAAAAGCUACCAAAUCCCACUCAAAAUUCGAACAAAAAGUAGAAUCCUUCUUCACAAAAUGCAAAGCUCUGGUCGAAGAGCGUACUUUACAAAUCGAAGGUAUUUUCAACUCUAUUCAAGAAGAGACUAAGCGUAGGAAGAGAGAUACGUACAAAAUUUAGAAAUUUUGUACUGGUGGGAUUUUGUGGGGUUUUGGGGUGGAUAGGUAAGGUGAGGUGAUUAUGUAGGCCUGUAUUCUGUCAUUCCUGUAGGCUUCCACUGGAGAAGUGGGGGAGAAGGGUAGUUCAGUGAUGGCAUUCCUUGUAUUCUGGGAGUUCAGCCCCAGGGGAGAUAGGUGUUGGAAUGUACUUGAUUGUCAAGAUGAAGAAGACAGGAAGUCUAUUUCUCUUUGGGGAUUUUAAUGAAUCUGGAAAGCCAAGUAAGGAAUAUAAUAAGAGCAUAAAUCAUGUUAGAAAAGCUAACAGUAGGGAAAGACUUAAACUCUCCUCUGUGGUAAGCACAAGGAAGGAUUAUAAUGUUGUAACAGUGGAUAAGGAUUGCUAUUCAUGAUCAAAUUCAAACCAGGUAGUGCUCAAAGCUUUUAAAAUGGCUUGUCUUUCCUACUAUCCUUCAUCAAUUACUUACGAAAACAAAGUUGUAUCAAGAAGUUGGCUUCAUUUUAAAAGAUCAGAGAUUAUCAAGAACAUUUAUUCAGAUUAUCAUAAUCUUCUUCCAUGGAAAUCAGGAAAUUUGGAGUAUGAGAAAUACCUUGAAGUCCCUUCUACCGAUCUUCAGUACACCACUGAAAUGAACCCUUUCACUAAAGAGACAAACAUGAACAGAACUCUUGAGAUAUCUUCGCACCUUGGGUCAUUAUCAAGGAGGAAGUUGACUAUGAACACUAAGGUUGAUAAAUAACAUCGAGGUGCACCUGCCUAAAGAAGAUUUAAACAACAAUCUAGACCAACUUAAGUUAAAUGAGAAGAAAAAAUUAGAGAAAAUCUUCACCUCUACUCAUGUAGGGUUCUCACAAUUGAGUAAUAAGUCCUCCGAAGGGUUUAAGAACCUUAAAAUGCUGGGCAAGAGGAUGAAGACUCCCAAUGAUUUUGGAAAAAGGGGGUCAUUCCAUAAGAGUCAUAAGUUUAUUAGAGAGAAGAGGAGGAAUAUAUCUCAGUUCAAAAAUAUAUCUCCUCAUGUCACCACUCUUGAUUACACAAAUAGGCUCAAAGUGUCUCGAAAUCAUUCUGAAGGUCCUGAUCCCAACUCUGAGUAUGGAGAUGAUUUCAAAUAUGUGGAAAAUUUAGAGUAAUUUCAAUAU